AUGGUACCAAGAGCUUUCCAGGACCACUACUCCUUCUCCCCUGCAGUCGGAGGUGGUUCUGGGACCCAAUACGUGACAAAAGGAGCAGGCCGAGUUACAGCAAUUCGGGUUUGGGAGCUAUUUGGCUCUUACAUCGUUGGAAUUCAGCUGCGAUACGAUUAUACGUGGAGCAAUGUAGUUGGACGGUCAAUUCUCCAUCAAGAGCCACAGGAAAUGUACCUACGCAAUGAUGAAGCAAUUGUUCAGGUGUCUGGAAAAUACUCUUCCUUCAACUACAUCUAUCAGAUUAUCUUUGUGACAAACAAAGGGCGUUUUUUGAUUGCUGGCCAGCCAGUACAGAUCUCUUUUAACUUUUACCCAGUGCACCCGGAUGCUGAACUCCGAUUCCUCAGUGGCCGCUUCAAUGGGGCUGGGAUUACUUCACUGGGAGCUCACUGGGGAGUCCCAAAACUGAAUGCAACUUACUAA